GCGGCGACUGGUGGAAGAUAAGUCACGUGCCCUAUGCAAAUGAGACAGCUGUCCAAGAGGAAGGAUCUGCUCGGCGGCUCUGCGGGCUGAAGAUGGCGGACGGAGAGACGAGUCUCGGAAUGGCCUGUUCGGGCGCAUCCGAUAUGGAGGAACCUGCCGCAAAAAGGUCGAAAAUUAGUCCGGUAACGAACUGCGGAUUCAAAGUCGCCCGAGAAGAUCGAUCCUCCUGCGGCUCUGGCGCCGAGGAGAGCCGGGAGGCCGCGAUUAAUCGUGCGCAAACGGCGGAGAAGGAAGCACAGCCGGCGAUGGCGCUGGAGCAGGAGCAGGCCCCGGCGGAGCGAGGCGGAGACAACAAUGGACUGGCAAUGCUGGUCUCCGAGCCGCACGAGCCCGGCGUGAAGCCAGACGGCGGCGCCGUGCGAGUCCCAGCGGAGGAGAGCGCCGAUUUCCUCGGUCGUGACGAGCUCCCCUCCAACGGUCUGGCCGUGUCGCCGGACCACCUCAACGAGGACGACGACAGAUCCUCGCACGCGAGCUCCAGUGACUGGGCACCUCAGCCGCAGAUAGGCUCCUACAGUUUCAUCCAGCAACACAUCAGGGAGACGGAUCCCAGGACCAUUCUGAGGGAGUUGCUGCCCGAGACUGUGCUCCCGCCAGACUUGGACGACAUGACAUUGUGGCAGAUUAUCAUCAACAUCUCGGAACCUCCCAAAAGAAAGAAGCGGAAGGACGUGAACACCUUGGAAGAUGUGGUCAGGCUACUCCACGAAAGUAAACGGAUCCUUGUGCUGACGGGUGCCGGGGUGUCAGUUUCAUGUGGAAUACCAGAUUUUCGCUCCAGAGAUGGAAUUUAUGCACGGCUUGCUGUCGAUUUCCCUGAUCUUCCAGACCCUCAAGCUAUGUUCGACAUUGAAUACUUCAGACGGGACCCAAGACCCUUUUUCAAGUUUGCUAAGGAGAUCUACCCUGGCCAGUUCCAGCCUUCCCCGUGUCACAAAUUCAUAUCUAUGCUGGAUAAACAGGGAAAGCUCUUGCGCAAUUACACACAAAACAUUGAUACAUUAGAACAAGUGUCUGGAGUUAAGCGGAUUAUCCAGUGUCACGGGUCGUUUGCAACGGCUUCCUGUCUCGUCUGUAAACACAAAGUGGAUUGUGAAGCUAUACGGGAAGACAUCUUUAACCAGGUCGUCCCACGUUGUCCACAUUGUCCAGACAUUCCCCUGGCAAUCAUGAAACCUGACAUCGUCUUCUUCGGGGAGAAUCUUCCAGAAAUGUUCCACAGAGCCAUGAAACAGGAUAAGGAUGAGGUGGACCUCUUGAUCGUCAUCGGCUCUUCACUUAAAGUCCGACCAGUUGCCCUCAUCCCAAACUCCAUUCCACAUGAAGUGCCUCAGGUCCUGAUCAAUAGGGAGCAGCUGCCUCACCUCAACUUUGACGUGGAGCUACUUGGCGACUGUGACGUCAUUGUCAACGAGCUCUGCCAUCGGUUGGGUGGCGACUUUGAGCAGCUCUGCUACAACAUUGUAAGACUUAGUGAGACCACGGAGAAACCCCCCCGGCUACCGGAACCGCCGCUAAGUGAGGCCUCGCCUGCUGCCCCUGAUGCGGCUCAGGAGGAACAGAGGCAGCACAGUACGGACUCUGUAACGGCGCCUUCAGGGGAGACGGAAAGUCUGAACGUCACGGACACCGCUGGUAGUAAUGUUGCACCUCCCGAGCCUUGUCCAAACGCUCAGUGCCCCAGUGAAGAGACGGCCGAGCCUUCAGAGUUACCAGCCGAAGACGCACCGCCGAAAGAGGAGGAGGCCGCCGACGUAAAGAGCCACACCUCCAACUUUGAAAUCCGUAGACGAUGCUGGAUGAGCCGAAUCAACAGAAGUCCAAUCAGCAAACGCCUUGAGACAGGCCAGUACCUGUUCCAGGCACCAAAUCACUACAUCUUCCACGGGGCUGAGGUUUACUCCGACUCUGAAGAUGAGACGUCGAGCUCCUGCGGGAGCGACAGUGACGAGUCCGACUGCAGCGGCGAUGGGGCCGAAGAGGACAGCGAGCCGGAGGAGGAAGAGGAAGAAGAAGAAGAAGAAGAAGAAGAAGAAGCCGACGACGACGCGCUAGCCGCGGAGGGAGAGACGCGCCUCAGAGACACAUUCCGACGCGCUUUAGCCGACGAGGCCGCGGCAAGUGUGCAGACGGACAGUACUUCUGAUAAGACUCAAAGCACCACACACCUUUAAAUGUAAAGUACCCAGUCGACAAAGCACUAAUGGUCUUUUCGUAUAUAUUUUUUGACUCAUCAACCGUAUUAUUAUUUUUUUCAUAAAGUUGAAAUUGCUUGACAACUUUGUUGACGACGGCAAGUUUUUCUUCUGUGCAUUGUGUCUUACACAUACUGUAUACUACUUACUGAAUAGAAUGCAGUAGUCUUUUUACAUGCUCGUCUCUUUCCCCUUCAGUUUGAGAAAUUCUUCUGCGACAUCCAAUGCAACACUAGAUUAAGCUUUAAAUCCUCAACUGCAGUCGUUCCAGGCAAAGACUUUGAAUGUCUCCGUCCAUAGUGAGAACUCGACUGUGGUCUAAUGGUGUGUUUUACAGUUGCUUCAUGGUCCAAUUGGGAAUACAUGAAAAUAUGUAAGUCUACUGCCUGCCAAAUAGGGGGUACUAUGAGUUUGAGACACAUGCAUACAUCUUCAGAUGGUUUACUUGAACACAUUGUCUAACUUGCAAUAUAUAAGUUCAGCACUUCCCUUUCGUGAGGGUAAAUGCAGGAAUUCAGAACAGUACUUUUUCAUUUCAGACCAAAGAACGCUUUAUCAACAUGCUCCUACGUUGUCAUAAGCAUUGUAUGUUUAAAAUAUAUAACUAUUGAAAAAGGUGUUCCUUCCGACAUGUGGCAGCUACUUUUUUAUGGUCUAGCCUCUUAUUUUUAUACUCUGAUAUGAGACAUACUCAUCUAAGAGUAGAUGCUAGUUUAUCUGUACAAAGUUAUACUAAGUUGUGUUAUUAAACCGUAGGAAUAUAUUCAAUGAGUUCACAUUGAAAAAGGGGCACUGUUUUCCCUUCUCAUGAAAGUGGUUUUAUUGCCAUCGCACUUUUCAUAGAUUAUAAAGUUAAAACAUUCAUUCCACAGACGAGCCUACUGCCUGUAAAGAGUAUGUGUUGGUGGAUGGACAUAUUUGAGCCAAUGUAUUGGAUAAAGGUUUACUCCACACCUAUUUAACAUA